UUGUUUUCGUCUUGUAUUAUAUGAAAAGAAUUUCUUAAGUUAAAAGCAAGCAGGUUUUAUUUGAUAUGCAUUCUUUGACUGCGAUGGGGCUAAGUAAUGUGCCAGCAUUUCUUACUAAGCUCUGGCAGCUCGUAGAAGAUCCAUCGACAGAUGAGUUAAUAGCAUGGGACGCUGGAGGGACAAGCUUUCAUCUGUUUGAUCAGGCACGUUUUGCCAAGGAGGUCCUGCCACUGUAUUUCAAGCACAACAAUAUUGCCAGCUUUAUUCGGCAGCUAAACAUGUAUGGGUUCCGCAAGGUAGUGCACAUCGGUCAGGGCUCCAUCAAGUGUGAGGUGGACGAUGUGGAGUUUCACCACCCGUACUUCGUGCGUGGGGAGGAACACUUGCUGGAAAACAUCAAGAGAAAGACCAGCCUCACUGGCACUCAGCAACCGGCCGUGUCGGGUGUGAAAACAGAGGCUGGCCUGACCCUGAACCAGGAGGACGUGACCAGGGUCCUCAAUGACGUGCAGCACAUGAAGGGCAAGCAGGAGAACAUAGCAGCCAAGAUGGACAAAAUGAAAAAAGAGAAUGAGGCCCUGUGGAGGGAAGUGGCAAACUUGAGACAGAAGCAUAUGAAGCAACAGCAGAUCGUGAAUAAGCUGAUCCAGUUCAUGAUCCACCUAGUGGGGGGUAACUCCAACACCCCCCUGCAGAAUCUAACCAAGCGAAAGAUGCCGCUCAUGUUAAACGAUGCCAACCAGGUAAUGGCUGCCAAGCGACCUCGCUAUGGCAACCAGAUCUCCAUCGAAGAGCUGACAGAUGUCAUCAAUACACCUGGUAGCAGUCGGUACAAGGAGGGUGUUGAUUCCUCACCAAACGCGUCAAAUGGGCCGGUCAUCCAGGAGCUCAUAGACAGUCCCUUGGACUCGGACUCGGUUCUCAGCUCAUCUGUUCACAACAACAGCAAGUCUACUGAUAUUGGGGAACUAUCCGGGGCAACUGGGUCCAGUCUUGACACCAUGGCAAUAGCCAACAGACAGGAUGGUUUUGACUCGAGUCUGGACAGCACGGAUCUCUCAAACCUUCUGAACUCUGUGGGGCCAUCAGGGGGAGGUAUCAGCUUCCUUGGAGACUCGGGCUCCCAGUCUGGAUUCAUGGACAGAUAUAUAAAAGAUCACCCACUAACUGACAGAUCAUUGAUGGCAGUACACUCUCCGAAGGAGCUGAGUACGGACAUAGACCACAUCCAAGAUGACAUCGACAGCCUCAAGGACAUGCUCUCCGGUGGCCAGUACCACUUUGAUGCCAACACACUCCUCUCUUUUGAUGACAUGCCAUCCACAAGAUGGCUUGAACAGAUUUUUGGAAAUGAAAACCAAGUCCCAGUGACUAUUGAGAAUCUGCUGGGCGAUGCACGCAACUCUGACCUUGGAAACAUGCUACCCAAUGCAACAGAGUCCAACCCAAACAACAUCACUGGUCAUGAGCUGGUGCAGUUCCAGCCGAUAGAGAACUUCCUGCUGCCCGCGGGCGACCUCUCUGACCUCAUUGACCCCGAGGACAUGCUCACUCCCGGUCCCAACGGGCUGGACGACCUUACCAGGCUGGUUACCAAGGAAACGGAGGUGGACACCACCACAGGGGUCAGUGACACAGAGUAUGAUGUCAUUGACCCGAUGUCAUUUAUCAACACUGACCCCGUGCAGGGAUUUACUGAUGAAUAAAAUUUAAUGUUGCUGUGGUGUUGCUGGGUGAGUUGUGGGGCUGGGCCUCGUUUACUCAAAAACUUUAAUGGCUAGUUACGGUCACAGUCUGUUAACUUUUUACCCAAAUAAAAAAAGUUUUGAAAUCAAUGUUACAAUCAAACUUUUUUUAAAUAUUCAAGCAAACAAUUUUGUUAACAAUUCGAUAAUGUAUUAAAGGGUCAACAAUUUAGUCACAUAAAUAACUUGAUACAAAAUUAAUGGCUGUCAUCUUAACUGGUUAUUAAAGUUUUGGGCAGACAGGCCCUGGUGAUGAACUUCGGGAUAUUGCUUUGUUGUUGUAGAUGUGAGCAAUCCUAUAAUCACUAUAUACAGCUGAAAAGACUUGAUUGUAGAUGUUGAGUACCUUACACAUAUAGGGCUUGUCUGUAUGGGUGACUGAAUGAACUUGUGUAUGUUAUAUUGAUCAAUAGUUUCAUUGAACUAUUAAAAAAUUUCAUGAAAGCUUAUUUGUUAUCAGAUGAUAAAUAUAUUAACAACAUUAAUGAAUGAGAACUAUGGAAUUGUAUUAUAUAUCAUUUUUUUUUUUUAUUUACUAAAAGCGAAUAUUUUAAACUUGCCUUAUUAGUUAUGUGAGAAGUACAGAGUGUUCUGUGUUCCAUAUCAUGUUGCCUUGAUGGACCCUAUGUACAGGUCACUAGUUGCGUUUUGCAUUAGUUUGUCAUUAUGUUGAUCAAUGUUAAGUACUGUAUCUAAAACUAAUGAUGAAGUUUGCAGGUUGGACUUUUUUAUAUUUUCUGUGCUAUGGAUAUGUGUGCAUGUUCUAUGAUGGUUUGCAUAUGGGAUUACAUUGUAACAUAGUUUGUAUGUUUUUUGCUAUAUUUGUGUUAAUUGAUCAAACUGGACUGUUAGUUAUAUCUCUGUUACAUGUUGUUUGAUUUAGGAGAGAUUGUUCAGUAUUUCAUUAUUUACAGAUCAAACUAAAUGUUAGGUCUUGUGGCUGUUAUUGUAUGAAUUUUUCAUCAUUUUACAUGUUUCAUUUGUAAUAUUAAUUCAUUAUUGGUUUUGUCACUUUCAUUUGCAUUCUUGUUUUAUAUUAUAAAUAUUGUAAAAACUCAUAUCAUCAUGAAACAUAAAAUAAUUUACUUAUUGUUAAAACAUAGCCAAUUUGCCAAUUAUUACUUUUUAUGCAAUGAAAGGUAGUAUUUUCAGAGGAUAAAAGGUCAUAACCUUACUUGUUAGACCUCAAUGAAAAACAUAAAUUACUUGCACUAGUUCUGUCUAGAAAUUAGCCUCAAUUUGUUUGAAUAAUUUUCUGGCAUUCAAUACAAUAAAGUGUUUAAUAUGAAGCUUGAAAUUAUAUGCAAUUGUGGAAAUGCCAUUUGAAUAUCACAUUAAAUGUAUUAAAUAAUAGCAAAUAAACAUUAAAUGUAAACUAAAACAUAAUUGUAUUAUUGUUAAUUUAAUUUAAUAUGGCAUCUUAAUGGCAUUAUCCAUCUUGUGAUUAAUAUAAUUGGCAGUGUAGAAGUGAUAGGCUGGAGAUUUGAAUCUUAAGCAUUCACCAUCAUCCAUGAAUAUUCACUGAUAUGUUUAAACAAGGACUGUCAAGGUAAAAUGUGGUCAGAGUGUGCGCAAAAGAUGUUUUUCUUUUGACAAGAAAAUAUCUUCUUAACCCUUUACCACUAAGAUAUGUCUUUUUACACAUUUGUAGUCUCUUAGAAAGUUAAAUUGAAAAGGGGGUUUAAUGCAUGUGCGUAAAGUGUUGUCCCAGAUUACAGGCUAAUCAGGGACGACACUUUCGGCUUUAACUAGAUUUUUGCUUGAAGAGACUUUCUUGAAACGAAAAAUAUCAUAAUAGCGGAAAGUGUUGUCCCUGAUUAGCCUAUGCGGACUGCACAGGCUAAUCUGGGACGACACUUUAUGCACAUUCAUUAGACCCAUUUUUUCACAGAGCACGGCACAUAUAUAUUCUGGAUAGGUCGUACUUUACUCAGCUUUUCUCAAUGAUGAACACUAGAAUUGUUUUGUUUUGUUUUUGUAAAGGAAUCCAUUCUUGUGUUAAUUGUGAUGAUAUUUUAAACUGUAUUAUUAUGUUUAUCACCCUAAUUUCGAUAAAAAAAAUGCCAUUCUUUUUUACAAACUUGUUUUUCUGUUCUUUCUUUAUGAAUGUUAUGUUUACUUUUCAUGUUUAAUUUAUGCUUAACUAACAUCUUUAAUACAAACACAAAUUUAUGUUAUGCAAACAGUGCAUCUUCUACAACUGUUUUUCAACAUAAGAUGGACUUGUUGUCUUCCCCUGAUAAACCAGUAUGUUUUAUUCCUACGAAAUUAUGUUGGAUAUAAAUUAUAGUAUAGUUGUUAUCAGAAUUUUCUCAAAAUGUCUGUUUUUGAAUAAAGUUCUAAACUUCAUAA